AGAGAGAGAGAGAGAGGGGAUUCAGACCCCAGCCGAGCGUAUACCCAACCUCUCCUACCAUUGCUGCUUCUUCGUCUCCACAUGCAUUAAGCGCUCUCUCUCUCUCUCUCUCUCUCUCUCUCUCUGCGCGCAUAUAUAUAUAUAUAUAUUUGGGAGUGAAUAUGAUGAUGAGUGGAGACGAAAACCCAGUAUAUGAUGUGAAGUUAUCAUCGGUGGUACCUUCAAGAGUGACCAGCGAGGACAGGGCGGACCAGGAAGUGACGAGCAUGGACUUGGCCCUCAAGCUUCACUACAUCCGAGGACUCUACUUCUUCAGGAGGACCGAUGUCGUGGCCGGGAUGGACAUCAUCGACCUGAAGCGCCCCACCUUUAAGCUGCUCGACCUUUACUACCCCGCCUCCGGCAGGAUCCGCCGCCGCACCGACCAGGAGGGCCGGCGCCGCCCCUUCAUCAAGUGCAACGACGGCGGCGUCCGCAUCGUCGAAGCCAAGUGCCGCAAAACCCUCGACGAGUGGCUCUCCUUCAACCAUAACCAUCAGUAUUCUGUCUCCGAUCAUCUCCUUGUCCAUGCACAGGUGCUGGGCCCUGAUCUCAGCUUCUCUCCACUUGUUUUCCUCCAGUUCACAAGAUUCAAAUGCGGCGGACUAUCAGUGGGGCUCAGCUGGGCCCACAUCCUCGGCGAUGCGUUCUGCGCUUCAGCUUUCAUGAACACCUGGGCACAGAUUGUCGCAGGUAACGUGCCCUCUCCGCCUCCGACCAUGCCAGACCCCGGAAACAGCCAUUUCCGGCUUUCAGCCGCCGAGAAACCCCGUUCUCUGAAAUCAGUCCCCCCUGUCGGUGACUGCUGGCUCGCUUCCGGCAACUGUAAAAUGGAAGUGUAUUCAUUCCACGUGACCGCAAGACAACUUGAACAGAUUAUCCCUCCGAUCACCGGCGCCAAAGGAUCUUCUAAACCGGCGUACUUUCAAGUGCUGGCCGCCCUAAUUUGGAAAUCUCUGGCUAAAGUGAGGGGGGAAUCUGGGCCCAGCGUUGUGACGAUAUGCCGGAGAGACCCUCAAAAGAGAAAGAGUGAAAUCUUCGGCAAUAGCCUCGUGAUCGGCACGGUGGGAGCGGAUUUCAAGGUUCAGGAGGCUGGUUUACUGGAACUGGCCGAGCUGAUCGCCGGAAAGAUGGAGGACGAGAGCAAUGCGAUCGAGGAAUUCGUGGAGAGAGAGAAGGAAAAACCAGACUUGGUAGUCUACGGAGCCAACUUGACGUUUGUGAACUUGGAAGAGCUAAAUGUUUACGAGCUGCAACUGGGAGGGGAAAAUCCAGUUUUCGUGAAUUAUACUGUCGGCGGCGUUGGCGAUGAAGGGGUGGUUCUGGUGCUUCCAGCGGCGCCGGAAGGUGGGUCUGGUGGUAGAACUGUGACGGCAAUACUGCCGGAAAAUCAGAUUGUUGAGUUGAAGAAUGAAGUGGGGAAACAUUUGGAUUGGCCUAUCUUUUGAUUUUGACAGAAUCAGAAGAAUUUAUCCCAUUACAUUAUUUAACACAUCAUUCCAAUCCAAACAAUUGUAUUCCAAAUGAAUCUAAAUAAUAAGGUUUGGAAACCUCAUUGUGCUAUUCUUGUUUUUAUUCAAGUAUUCAGUUUGGUGUAUGCUUCUCUCAUCCAACGCAUUUGUGUUUUUGUUACUUAUUUCUUGGACUUCUUGUUAAGUCUUCUAGUAAUAAGAAA